AUGCACGCCUCCUUCCUGUGCGCGGUGGCCACCAAUGCGCUGGAUUUGAACGGACACAUCCAUGGAGACGGCUGUGGACACCCGGCGGUGGAGCACGGCGACCACCACGACUUCCUGGUGAACGACGAGCUGCACCAUGUCAGCGACAGCUGCUGCCCCCACGGCUGCUGCACCGGCCCAAUUGUGGUCAGCCACGGCCUCGCCUCCACGCUCAAGCACAGGCGCACCUCCCAGGCCACGGCCCAGGAGCGGGCCGGCCUGCUGCUGCACGAGGACGCGUCGGUUGGCGGCGGCAGCCGGGGCGUGCUGGCGGUGGAGGCCGGCGGUGUGGAGACGCCUCUGCUGCAGACCACGCGCGCCCGCGAUGCCGUGGCCGCCGUGCUGAUGCUGCGCCCGGAGACAGCCAAGCUGGCGGCCACGGGCGAGGCGGUACCGGUGGGGGACGUGGCGCCCGGCACGGAGGUGUUGGUGCCGCCUGGCGAGUCCGUACCGCUGGAUGGUACCGUGCUGGCCGGCGAGAGCGCGGUGGAGGAGAGCCUGCUGACAGGCGAGUCUGCGCCCGUGGCUCGAGGCCCGGGAGCCGCUGUGCACGCCGGCACCGUCAACGUCGGCGCCACCACGCUGCUCAUCCGCACUACCGCUGCAGCGGGGGAUACCGCCGUGGCGCGGAUGGCGGCACUGGCGGCCAGCGAGCAGAGCCCGGCAGAGGCGCUGGUGGCAAAGUUUGCCCGCAUCUACACCCCCGUCAUCCUGGUGUCCUGCGCCCUGCUGGCCUUCCUGCCGUGGGCCUGGGUGGCGCCCGAGGAUCGAGGGGACUGGGUCUACCUCUCCCUCCAAGUCCUGGUCACCGCCUGCCCCUGCGCCCUGGUGCUGUCCACCCCCGCCACCGUUGUCUGCGCCCUGGCGCGCGCCGCCGGCAAGGGCGUGCUCAUCAAGAGCGGUGCCGCGCUCGAGGCGCUGCGAAGGGUGUCGGUUGUGAGCUUUGACAAGACCGGCACGCUGACCAGGGGCAGCUUCCAGGUGGUUGCCUGCCAGCCCGCGGCCGGCUGGUCUGCGCGCGACCUGCUGCGCCUGCUGGGCUCGCUGGAGCGCGGCAGCAGCCACCCGCUGGCGGCGGCGGUGCUGGGCUACGCGGCGGCGCAGGGUGCCGUCUGCGACGCAGCUGUGGACGGGCUGGAGGUGGUGCCAGGCGCCGGGCUGGUGGCGAUGGUGGAGGGGUGGCGCGUGGCGGCGGGCACCGCGGGGCUGCUGGAGCUUCACGCCGGCGUGUCGGGCCCCGAGGUGGCGGCGGCGCAGCGGGCGGUCGACGCGGAAGGCGCCACGGCGUGCCUGGUGGCGGUGGACGGCCGGUUUGCGGGGUGGCUCAGCGCCGGCCGCCGCCCCCGCGCCUGGGUGGCGCACGUCGGCGACGGCGUGAACGACGCGCCCGCGCUGGCGGCGGCGGACGCCGGCAUAGCCAUGGGCAUGGCCGGCUCGGCGGCGGCGCUGGAGGCGGGGUCGGUGGCGCUGUUCACCAACGACGUGCGCGCUGUGCCCGCCGCGCUGCUGCUGGCGCGCGCCGCCGGCGCCACCAUCUGGCAGAACAUCGGCUUUGCGGUGGUGACCAAGGUGGCGGUGCUGGUGCCCGCCGCCAUGGGGCGCUUCACGCUGUGGGGCGCGGUGCUGGUGGAUGUCGGCUCCUCGCUGCUGGUGGUGGCCAAUGCGCUGAGGCUGCUCAAGUGGCGUUGGCCCGUCAGCAAGCCGGUUGCCGCCAAGAAGGACUGCUGCACGUCGGGCAGCUGCAGCGCGGCUCCGGCAGCCGCGGCAGCAUGCCACAGCCAGGGCCCCGAGUGUGGCACCAAAUGCAGCACUGGCGGCGACAGCCACAGCCACAGCAACAGCUGCCACGACCACUCCUCUGAGCGGCCUGCUGCCAAGGCGCCCAGCUGCUGCUCAGCGGGCAAGUGCGGCUCGGCUGCACCUGCCCCCAAGCCAGCCGGCUGCAGCAGAAGUAUCGGUUACAGCCACAGCCACACCCAGACUCCAGCGCUGGCAGAGCAGCCUCCUGCCAAGGUGGCCAGCUGCUGCUCCGCGGGCAAGUACGGCUCGGCGGCAGCCGCCCCCACCCCCACACCGGCCCCGGCAGAGCAGCCCGCUGCCAAGGGACCCAGCUGCUGCUCGGCGGGCAAGUGCGGCUCGGCUGCACCUGCCCCCAAGCCAGCCGGCUGUGGCAGCAGUACCGGCCACAGCCACAGCCACACCCAGACUCCAGCGCUGGCAGAGCAACCUCCUGCCAAGGCACCCAGCUGCUGCUCCGCAGGCAAGUGCAGCUCGGCUGCAGCCAUCCCCACCCCCACACCGGCCCCGGCGGUGCUGCCCGCAGCCAAGGCGCCCAGCUGCUGCUCGGCAGGCAAGUGCAGCUUGGCCGCACCUGCCCCCGCCGACGCGCAUGCCCACUCGCAGACCGCGGCUGGCAGCCACGCCUGCAGCCACAGCCAUGAUGUGUAG